AUGAUAUUUCGUCGAUCAUUGUUUAUUAAAAUAAAUUAUAUUCUAAUUUUUUUAUCAACUAUUCUAACUACAUUAAUUCUUAAUAGUUUUUAUAAAUAUUUUUACGUAAAACAUGGUGCAAUAUUUGAGAGGUCAACUCUCACCCGAAAAUCAAACCAAUCAAUCUGUACAAAUACAAGCAGCAAUUGGAUUGUGCUAACUACAAUAUUCUAUCCAACAUUCGCUGUGAAACGUUUGUUAUUACUUGAUGAUUGGAUGCUAGUUAUUAUUGCUGAUCGAAAAACUCCGUUGGAUUGGAUUUCUCAUGUUCCUUUUAAACAACGUCAAAAACUCAUUUAUUUAAGUCUGUCUGACCAGAAACGAUUAGAUUAUAGUAUUGUUCAGUAUAUUCCUGAAAAUUCUUAUGCUCGAAAAACGAUUGGAUAUCUGGUAGCAAUACAAUGUGGAGCGAAAGUGAUUUUUGAAACCGAUGACGAUAACGUUCUUAAGGAUUUGUUUAUCAAAGUUCUACCAAAAUUGAGUUCUCCAAUCGAUAUAUCGAAAGCAGCUUUUCAUGGAAAACGGUCUUCUUUCGUGAAUAUCUAUGGAUCAUUUGGUGAACCGAAUAUUUGGCCACGAGGUUUUCCUCUUCAACAAUUCAAAAAUGUAACUGAAGAUGGUUGGAGUUCGUUACGACGUAAUGACGAGCCGAUUUCUGCAUAUAUUCAACAGUUUUUAGCCGAUCUCGAUCCUGAUGUUGAUGCAAUUUAUCGUUUGACAAACUCAUUUCGUCUGGGCCACAUCCAAUUCGAUCCUCAACAGACUCCUAUUGCGCUAGAUGCAUUCACCUUUUCACCAUACAAUACUCAGAAUACGAUUACUCAUUAUGAAGCCUUUUGGGGUUUAAUCCUGCCGAUCACGACAACAUCUCGUGUAUGUGACAUAUGGCGAGGAUUUUGGGUACAGAGGCUUCUUUGGGAUAUUGGAGGAAGACUCGUUUUUGCAGGGCCGACUGUGGAGCAAAAGCGAAACGUACAUAGUUAUCUGAAAGAUAUGAAAGACGAACAACAAAUGUAUUAUGAAGCUGCGGCAUUUGUUCAUUUUCUUGCUUCUUGGAAAUCUUCUUCAACAUCAGUAUUUGAAAAAAUUCGAGCUCUAGCAAAUGACAUUGCGCAACAAGGAUUUUGGCAAAUGAGUGAAGUAAAUUAUAUCGAUAUUUGGCUUCAAGAUUUGCUUCGUGUUGGUUAUCAACCUCCACCAUUCAGACUAUCACCAAAAGAUAACCGAAAACCGAAGAGGCACCGACGUGCUGCCGUAUGUGUAACAGGAAAACUAUCUUUACGGAGAGAUACAUGGAUAAAAGUUGAAAAUCAAUUAAGAAUCAGAUUCCGUGGUGAAAUAGACACAUUCUAUUAUUUAUCAUCAUCCAUGCCAAUAAAGUCAUCUGAGCUUGACAAUGAAACAUUCGCUCGAAACGCAACAGUAGAAAUAUUGAAUGCUCGACGAUAUUUAGAUUAUCGACAUUCAAAUGUAUCAUGUCAACGAAAUUUAUCUUCAUCUGACGAUGUCCUGGAAAAUUAUCUCUAUGAUGUUUGGGCACAAGCGGAGUGUUAUAAUUUAGUGGUAUCAUAUCAGAAACAAAACAAUGUUAAAUAUGACUUGAUUGUUCAUGUCAAAUAUAAUUCGAUCUUUGUGAAAAUGCCAACAUCGUACGAAAGAAAAUCUCCUUUUGAUGCAAACAAGACAAUUAUCCUUUCUCUUGACAUUCAUCACUCGAAAGUCAGUAAUCAAUUUGUCAUUGGCCCUGCGAAGAAAAUGUCAUACUAUAUGCGUCGAUGGUAUAUUUUGGACGCUUGUUUAUUACAAUCGAUGGAUUUAGAAAAGCAAUUAGCAUCGAUCUCUCAAAUAAACAAAGUCAUGAUAUUAGACAACGAAACGAUCACCGAUGUACAUCUCAUGACAAAGGGCCAUAUAACACUCGAGUAG